UUUUUUUUUCUUUUUUAAAGACCCUGAGUGUCGUUUCCCUCCGGUGGGGUUUAAACUCCCGCUAAAGGCUAGCAGCAGCUCAUUAUCUCAACUUUUUAACUGAAUGAUGGCGGCUGUUUGCCAGCAGAGACGGGUCCUGGUGGAAAUCCCUGCACCGCAGGCCAAAAUACCAGGCCGCAUCAGGAGGUCUUAUUCAGAGGCGCUGAGUCCCGGUUUGGUUCCAUCUCCCCUCUUCAGAGGAAGACACUCCAAACGAGCCCAGUCGCUGGAUCUGUCCAUCGGGGGGAUGGACGAGAAGACCCCGCUGUCCACGCAGCAGCUCGUGCAGCUCAUCAGAUCUCUCAUCAUGGUGGAACAGAGUAAAGAGUCUCGGGUGGCGGCGCCGGACCUGAGGAGCCUCCAGGAGGACCUGCAGCAGAAGAAGGCCAACGUGUACCGCUCCAUCCCGUACUCGCGCUUCGGCUCCAACCGCGACGCGCACUGCUACCGGAAGGCGUACCCGCACCUGCUGGCCUUCAAGGUGUCGUGCCAGGAGUGGGGUCAGGUGUUGCUGAGGAGCCAGGACUGGGACGGGGCGCUGGAGCACGCCCUGAUGGCCUGGCGCUACACCAGCCAGCUGCCGCAGUGGGACACGGCGGGCCACAACGCCCUGCGGGAGCAGUGCUACCGCGUCCUGGCCGCGCACGCGCUCGCCGCCCUGCAGCACCACCGGCCGGACGCCAGCAGGGGGCGCGAGCUGCUCAGGAGGUUGUCGACGGCUCGGCUCCACAGCCAGUCCAUCGUCCCGUGCAUCAAGGAGCUGCAGAGGAUGAUGCAGCGAGCCGACGACUCGUCCACUGACGAAGAGACGAUUUGAUCACUAAAAAUAGAGGAUAAAAUCAGCUGACAUGCCAAAAUGCUGACGGACGAGCAGCUCCAGAAAGAGUUUAGGCGUCGGUGGUUCGGAGGAAUCUGUUGCUUUUGAAAUAUGAUGAAAUGUUUUUGUGAGCGACUUUUGGUACGGAACUUGGACACUCGUAUGACUGAAUGAGAUGUUUUAGGACGUCCGGUAUGUAAAAAAAAGUGUUUAUCUGUAUAUAUGUGGAUGUUUGUCUUUUGAAAUACUUGAAAAUGUGGCCUUUUUGUCUUUUUGUCUUGU